CCGCAUCUACCACUUGGGAUCCAUUGAAAACAACAACCGACAACCGACUUCAACCGGUCUACAUCAACAAAUAAAAUCAAUCAAUAACCCUUUGAGAAUGGUAACAGAGGACCAGGAAGACGCCUCAGGGCUGGAGUCGGAGUCGAUCCCAGUCCCCCGAGUCCACGACCCAGCCCCAGCAGAGGUUCCUGCGGCGGAAGGCACCCGCUCCAAGCCUCGCCACCGAAAGAAAGCCCUGCACUCAGCAAUCCUCAAGCAGAUGGAAUUCUACUUUGGCGAUGCAAACUUGAGCAAAGACAGAUUCCUCAGCAAUCUCAUUCAGACAGACCCCUGGGUCGACCUGAAAGUCUUCCUCCAGUUCAACAAGAUCAGGGCGCUCACCCAGGACACAACAAGAAUAUCAAAAGCCCUGAAGACCUCAACUCUCCUAGAAAUCUCCGAGGACGGUGAGAAGGUUCGUCGAGUGACUCCAGUCACCCCCAGAACCGACUGCGAAGCCUGUUCUGUCUACGUUCAGGGCCUGCCUCCAGACGCCAAUCACGACUGGCUGAUUAACAUCUUCUCUCGAUACGGUCCAAUAGCCUACGUCUCGGUCCCCAAGUACAAGACGAAUAAAAAAAUCAAGGGAUUUGCAUUCGUAGAGUUCGAAGCAGUGGAAGGGGCCCAGGAGUGUCUGAAAGCCUUCGAGGAUAAAGCCUGCACACUUCCCCCUCACACAUCCCCCCAGGAGCUCCUGAGCAUAACGACAUUCUCCGAGGACGAUCCACCGAGUGGAAUCGACAACGCGACUCUAGGGUCCAAGCCGAUCCCCCAGGACGUCCAGUCUUCGAAGAGAAAACUCGAAAACCCAGAGUACGACUCUCCGUCGAAGCCAAAGCGAGUGAAGAACGAUAAAGAGGAUAAGAGUGAGGAUGUCGAGGAGAACAGGAAGGGAGAGGACCUCGAGGAGAUGGAGAAUGAAGAGGAGAAUGAAGCCGACGGGACGAAGAAGAAGAAAAGGAAGAGGAAACGCAGGGCCAGGGCUGAGCAGCCUGACGUCGUUGACUUUGGUUUAAGAAUAAUGGCGAAGAAGGACUGGAAGAAGCUGAGGAACAAGUACCUCGAGCUCCAGAGGGAGAAGAUGAAGCAGCUGAAGCAGCACCUGAGGAAGACUCGGUGGACCCACCCCUCGUCCUACGACAGGAAGGAGAAGAUGGAAGUCGAGGAGGGAAAUGCUGAGGAGAGUCUGAGGACUGUCCCCUCCGGCCCCAAAUUCACGUUCUCAGAGGGGCUCAUCGUGAAGAUCGAGCUGGACGAGCCUUGCACUAAUCCCAAGGGCUUCAAACUUGGGUUCAGGAACGAGCCAAGUGUCAAGUAUAUUGAUGUCAGGGAGAGCUCCAAUGUCGCUUACGUCAGGUGCAGCGAUCAGGAGGGGGCGAAAAACUUCGUGGAGAAGCACACUGAGGACAGAGCCCUGAGCAUCCUCAGUGGGGAGGAGGAGAAGAGGUACUGGGAGAAGAUGGCGAGCGAUAGGGAGGAGAAACUGGGGAGGAAGGAUCGAACCAAACAACGGGGGAGGGAUAAGCUCCUGAAGAAGGCGGAGAAGGAACUGGGGAAGCAUAUUAAGUUUGAUGAGGUCUAAGUCCAGGUUCGUUGAUUGGAAAUUAGCAAUUCGGGAAUUGGAAAUUGCUCAUUCAAUUUUUAAGAGAUAAUUACAGAUACUAACUUUUUUUCAGAAAUAUAUUUGGAAUUUAAAAUUAAGUGAGUGGAGUAAUUACGGACACUUAACUUUUUUUUUAGAAAUAUAUUUGAAAUUCAUAACUAAAUUCAUGAAGUUAGAUUAGUCUAGCGUCUUUAUAAAGUGAGAAAAGAAUUUUUUUCAUGGAAAAAAAUUAUUGCGAAUUGUUUUUCAUGAAAUAAUAAUUGGGAAUAACAACUAUUUCAUCAACAAUUCCAUCACUAAUGAAUUAGCAUGCAAAUAAGAAACAAAAUUGUGCCCUUUGCCGAAUACAAUAUUCUCUCAUGAUUCCCAAUGACAAAAUAAUCAUUCCCCUGUGAUUUUAAAGAAAGAAUCAAAAUAAUACAGUUGAAAUUAACAUUUAUGCAUUCGAAGAAAUAUUUAAACAACAUUUUCGUUAUACAGGAUGCAUGUGGUGGUAAUAAUUAAGUCUUUCAGUAAUAAAAAAGAGAGAAUAUUUUAUUUCACGUUUUCUGCUAACUUCUGUGGAAUAUAAUUUUCACCAUCUGCCUCGUCCCC